UCGCAGCGCCGCCGGCAGUCAGUAGCUGGGUGCAAAGGCAGCGCUCCUAACGCCCCGGAAAGAUGCAGGCGCCGCCUGGCGGAAAGAGCCCCCAGCACGCCAAGAACAAGUUUCAGCCCGCUGCUUCUUCAUUAAACUUUUGAAGUGAACUCCCCCGGUGAAAGCUUCCUUGGCAGACCAUGGAAACAGAGACCCAGAUUAUGAUCUUCUACAUCAGGGGUGGGCAAAAAAUGGGCCGCAUCCUGCCCAUCAGAUCUUUUAAUCCUGCCCUUGAGUUCCCGCUGGGAAGCGGAAUUUGGAGCGGGGUCAGGGGCUUGCCUUGCUCCACUCCGCAAGUGCAGCAGCUCUGCAUGGCUCCCGGAAGCAGGAGCAGCCAGGGGGUUCCGCAUGCUGCCCCCGCCUCAAGCACCAGCUCUGCAGCUCCCAUUGGCCGGGAACCAUGGCCAGUGGGACCUGCAGGGGUGGUGCCUGUGGGUAGGGCAGAGCAGCAUGGCCCUGCCUCCAGAGUGGGAAGAGGCCACUGUUUCCAGGAGCUGCUUCAGGGUAUUCUAGAACGUCUAGAUGCUGGAGAAAUUGUGAUUGGAGAUGGAGGAUUUGUGAUAGCUCUUGAAAAGAGAGGUUAUGUAAAAGCUGGACCUUGGACCCCAGAAGCUACAGUAGAACACCCAGAAGCAGUUCGUCAACUUCAUCGGGAAUUCCUCAGAGCUGGAUCAAAUGUUUUACAGACAUUCACCUUUUAUGCCAGUGAAGAUAAAUUAGAGAAUAGGGGCAACUAUGUAGCUGAGAAAAUAUCUGGCCAGACAGUGAAUGAAGCUGCUUGUGACAUUGCAAAGGAAGUGGCUAAAGAAGGAGAUGCUUUGGUAGCUGGAGGAGUCAGUCAGACACCAUCAUACCUGAGUGGCAAAGAUGAAGCUGAGGUUAAAGCAAUUUUUCGACAGCAGCUGGAUGUCUUUGCCAAAAAAAAUGUGGACUUCUUAAUUGCAGAGUAUUUUGAACAUGUUGAAGAAGCUGCAUGGGCUGUUGAAACCUUAAAAGAAUCUGGGAAGCCAGUCGCAGCUACCUUGUGCAUUGGUCCAGAGGGAGACUUGCAUGGUGUACCACCUGGAGAAUGUGCUGUCCAACUGGUAAAGGCUGGUGCUUCUAUUAUUGGAGUGAACUGCCAUUUUGAUCCAGAGACUUGCCUGAGAACUGUGAAGCUCAUGAAAGAGGGCUUGGAGGCUGCUAAACUGAAAGCACAUCUGAUGUCUCAGCCUCUUGCUUUCCAUACCCCUGACUGUGGGAAGCAGGGCUUUAUUGAUCUUCCAGAAUUUCCUUUUGCUCUGGAGCCAAGAAUUCUCACGAGAUGGGAUGUGCAAAAAUAUGCAAGAGAGGCCUAUAACUUAGGGAUUCGAUACAUUGGAGGCUGCUGUGGAUUUGAGCCUUAUCACAUCAGAGCAAUAGCUGAGGAGCUGGCCACUGAAAGAGGAUUUUUGCCACCGGCUUCUGAGAAACAUGGUAGCUGGGGUAAUAACUUGAGCAUGCAUACCAAACCCUGGGUCAGAGCAAGGGCAAGAAAAGAGUACUGGGAGAAUCUGUUGCCUGCUUCAGGCAGGCCAUACUGUCCUUCAAUGUCAAAACCAGAUAACUGGGGAGUGACUAAAGGCGCUGCAGAGCUGAUGCAGCAGAAAGAAGCAACAACUGAACAACAGCUGAAGGAGCUCUUUAAGAAACAGACGUUCAAAUCCAAUAUAGUAGCUUAAGUAUGAGCCUGAAAUAUGUAUGGAGAAUUUCCAAAUGUGCUUGCAUCACAUGAAAUAACUUGUGAAGACAAAUGUCCAUGUAUCCAUUUACAUGUAAUGGAAGAAGCUAAAUGCAGACAGAAUUUGAUUGCAAAUGAGAUCAAAUCUUAAUAAAACACAUUUCUAUAA